AUGGCACCAAAUCUUGUUGCUGCGAUUGAUCUGGCUGCUUACACCAAAUCUACCCAAGGCCUUGAUGUUCAAGCAUUGUCCUUUGUCGGCAACGUUUUUGUUCGAGUCACCGACGAGACCAUCGAUGAGACCCUCUCCCACCUGAAGCAAUCGGUAGGCCGCUUCGCCAACUAUCUAGGUGUUGCUUCCGUCACCUCAAUCGACGAUGUUGUAUCUCUCCUCGAUGCCGGCGCCGCCAAGGUAUUCGUUACCCGCCAGCAAUUAGAUCAGCUCAAGACAUUGAAGAUCGACCAAGACAGGAUAGUGCUGUGCUUGCCGGGAAACACAAAAGAAGAGAUCAUAGAAGCUAUCGCGGGUACAUCAGUGGACAUCUACUCCCACCAGGUGGAGGAUGUUGGCCUUGUCGAAGCAUGGCUAAAGGACUACGGAACAGAUCGCCCCAAUGUCUUCGUCUCGUUUGCGAAACCGAGCAUGGAAAGCGUUUUGAAGCUAGCCAAACUAUCCGCGAUACCCAUCAUCUCCGCCGAAAACCUCACAGUCGACCCCUCGAAACAAACAAACGCGUUGAGCGUCGCGAAGCUGUUUAUGGCCAACGCAACGAGCGACCGAUCCGACGGCCUUUUCACAACUCUCGUCACAGAUGAGCGCGGAGUCGCCCUCGGGCUCGUAUACAGCAGCGAAGAGAGUGUCGCGGAGAGUCUCAAGACUGGACGGGGUGUAUACCAGAGCCGGAAGCGAGGAUUGUGGUAUAAGGGCGAAAGCAGUGGUGAUGUCCAAGAGCUGGUGUCAUUAGCGCUCGACUGCGAUAGCGACUGCUUGCAGUUUGUGGUGCGACAGAAGGGCAGGGGAUUCUGCCACCUUGCGACUCCUACUUGCUUCGGCGAGUACACCGGCCUGUCGAAACUACAAAAGACCCUCCAGAGCCGGAAAGAUUCAGCGCCGGAAGGCUCAUACACCGCGCGACUCUUCAACGACUCACAGCUGUUGAGGGCAAAGAUACUAGAGGAGGCCACCGAGCUGUGCGACGCAAACACGAAAGACGAAGUCGCAUUCGAAGCCGCUGAUCUUUUUUACUUUGCUCUCACCAAGUGCAUAGCGUCUGGCGUGUCAUUGGAGGAUGUCGAGCGUAACCUCGACGCGAAGAGCAUCAAAGUCAAGAGGCGACAGGGUGAUGCUAAGCCGGCCUUUGCCGCCCAAGCAGCUGCAGCAACGAACGGUACAACAAACGCCCCAACGAAGGAGGAGGUCAAGGAAGCCGCUUCAGUGCCUAAGAGCAAGGAUGACCCCGCCGGCACAAAGGAUGGUCGCAUCGCCAUGAGACGAUACGCAACCAAAAACGAGACACCAGAGACCAUCAGCGCCACCCUUCAACGACCGUCGCAACGCUCGACCGAUAAGAUCCUGGGUAUAUGUCUACCAAUCAUCGAGGCGGUCAGAACUCGCGGAGAUGCUGCGUUGCUAGAAUACACACACAAGUUCGAGAAGGCUACUUCGCUUACCUCGCCAGUGCUGAGGGCACCAUUCCCUCCGGAGCUCAUGCAGUUGAGGCCUGAGACGGCCAAGGCCAUUGAUGUGUCAUUUGAGAACAUCAGGAAGUUCCACGCUGCACAGAAAGAGGACAAGCCACUGAGAGUAGAGACUAUGCCCGGCAUCGUGUGCUCACGAUUCGCUCGACCGAUUGAGAGGGUCGGCCUGUACGUGCCUGGUGGAACAGCCGUGCUUCCUUCUACAGCGCUCAUGCUUGGUGUACCUGCUAUGGUUGCUGGCUGCAAGAAGAUUGUCCUCGCGACUCCGCCACGUUCUAAUGGCCAAGUCACCCCCGAGGUCGUCUACGUUGCUCACAAGGUUGGCGCAGAAUCUAUCGUCCUCGCUGGUGGUGCGCAAGCCGUCGCAGCAAUGGCAUACGGUACUGAAAGCGUAACCAAGGUCGACAAGAUCCUCGGUCCGGGCAACCAGUUCGUGACCGCAGCGAAAAUGCACGUUUCCAACGACACAAACGCUGGUGUGAGCAUCGACAUGCCUGCGGGACCGAGUGAGGUGCUCGUUAUUGCGGAUGCGAAUGCCAACCCUGCUUUCGUUGCAUCAGAUCUUCUCAGCCAAGCUGAGCACGGUGUCGACUCUCAGGUCAUCUUGAUUGCGGUUGGAAUGAACGAGUCACAGCUUGUUGCAGUCGAAGACGAGCUUCACAAGCAGGCAACCGCACUACCACGAGUAGACAUUGUCCGUGGCGCUAUCGAGCACUCCUUCACACUUGCAGUAGACACAAUGGAGGAGGCUAUGCAGCUAAGUAACGACUACGCACCCGAACAUCUCAUCCUGCAAGUCGACGAUGCAGAGAAGGUAGCUGAGAUGGUAGAGAAUGCUGGAAGUGUGUUCAUCGGCCAAUGGACCCCGGAGAGUGUCGGCGACUAUUCUGCUGGUGUAAACCACUCUCUUCCAACAUAUGGCUACGCUAAGCAAUACUCUGGUGUCAACCUUGCAUCAUACGUCAAGCACAUCACCAGCUCCCACUUGACUAGGGAAGGACUCGAGAACGUCGGACCUGCUGUUAUGGAACUCGCGCGCGUUGAGGAACUAGAAGCCCACCGAAGGGCUGUCAGCCUGCGACUUGGCGUAGCGUAA